GUGUUUCUCAAAUUAAAUAUUUUCCAUAUCCUCCUUUUAUCAUGCAAAGUCCUCUUCCAUUCUAUAUAUAGCCCCUACCUCCUCCACCUCCUUUCCCCACUACAACACACACCAACAAUCAAAUCAAUCCAUCCAACCUAGACAUCUCUCAUCUUCUCCAAAUUAACAAAAAUGGUAGCUGGGAAAUACCCUUCCCCCACAUACUUCAUCCUCCUGCUCAUAACCAUAACACGUUUGAUCUCCACAGUGGGCAAGACCUCCCAAUGGAUGAAGGCCCUAACGCCGCCUCCGGAACUCGCCUCGGUCUCCCUCGAUGACACCAUCUUCAGCAAGCUCCGCAACGACCCAGAGGCCCUCCAGGGGAGGGCCUCCAGGGACUACGGGAACCUCGUCCGCGAGGUUCCCUCGGCGGUCUUCCACCCGACCUCGUCGAGCGACAUCGCGAGGCUGAUCAAGCUGUCGUACAACGGUUCUGUCCCCUUCAAGAUAGCGGCGAGGGGGCAAGGGCACUCGACGAGGGGCCAGGCGAUGGUACGUGAUGGGGUGGUGGUGGACAUGGCCGGGUUCAGAGAGAGAGGGAAUGGAGAGGGAAUAAGGGUUGUGAUGAGUGUUGUUGUGGACCCUAAUAAUAAGAAUGGUUAUGGUUACUAUUAUGCUGAUGUUGGAGGGGAACAGUUGUGGAUCGAUGUGCUAAACGCCACGCUUGAGCAUGGACUUGCACCUAUGUCCUGGACUGAUUACUUGUACUUGACGGUGGGAGGAACUCUCUCCAAUGCUGGCAUCAGUGGCCAGACAUUCCGCUAUGGUCCUCAAAUCACCACUGUCCGCCAAAUGGACGUCAUCACUGGAAAGGGAGAAUUUGUGACUUGCUCUCAGCAGACGAAUUCGGAGUUGUUCCACGCGGUUCUGGGGGGCUUAGGACAAUUUGGAAUUAUAACAAGGGCAAGAAUCGCUCUUGCCCCAGCUCCCAAGAGGGUUAAAUGGGUGAGACUUUUGUACAAUGACUUUUCUGCUUUCACCAAAGACCAGGAACAACUAAUCUCAAUCACUAGAAGGAAACAAAAUAUUGCACUGGAUUAUUUGGAAGGAUUGCUGCUAAUGCACCAAGGACCCAUAAAUAAUUGGAGAUCUUCUUUCUUCCCUUUAGCCGACCAUGCCCGAAUAAUUUCGCUAGUAACUAAACACAGCGUCCUCUAUUGCCUAGAAGUUGCCAAAUAUUAUGAUGGCCAAAAUGAAAACAAUGUGGACAAGGAACUCAAAGUUUUACUACAAGGACUGAGCUAUAUCCCUGGAUUUUACUAUGAAAAAGAUGUCUCGUAUGUUGAGUUCUUGAAUAGAGUUCGAAGUGGAGAGUUGAAGCUACAAUCACAAGGACUAUGGGAUGUUCCUCACCCAUGGCUUAAUUUGUUUAUACCGAAAUCUCAAAUCAUGGAAUUUGACUCGGGCGUGUUCAAGAAUAUCAUCCUUAAACGAAACAUUACCACAGGACCCGUCUUGGUUUACCCCAUGAAUAGAAACAAGUGGGACAAUAGGAUGUCAGCAUCAAUACCCGACGAGGAUAUCUUCUACACAGUUGGAUUUUUGCAUUCAAGUGGGUUUGAUAAUUGGAAGGCCUAUGAUGCUCAAAAUAAAGAAAUUCUACAAUUUUGUAACGAUUCUGGGAUCAAGGUUAAGCAAUAUCUUCCCCACUACCGCACACAAGAAGAUUGGACAAACCAUUUUGGCCCUAAAUGGAGGACUUUUGUAGAAAGAAAACACCAGUUUGAUCCAAAAAUGAUUCUAUCACCUGGACAAAGAAUCUUUAACAAUUAAACUAGCUUUAAAAAAAAUAUAUAAUAUGGUGGGACUACCCAAGUUAGCUAGCUGGCUGAUCUCAAGUGUACACAUAGGACCCAGAAUUCAGAUGAUAGCCUUUGUACUUGUUUUUGUUAAGAGGGUGGGGUUAAAAGCUGCAUGACUUUGGCAUAUAUGUAGAUCAGGUUACACAUACUUUAGAUACGUUAGGUUGACAAAAUCAUGUGUGAAAGAUGCACACAGCUAGCUGUGUACCUUUCUUUCUCUCUCUCUUUCUUUCUCUCUGUCCCUCAAUUUGUCUAUCACUAAAAAGAUUACUAUAGUUUAGAACCUAGUGAAGAGGGAAAAAAAAUCAUUAUAUAGAGGAUUUAAUUUUAUCACACGUUCUAAUCAUAUACAUUAAUAUUCUUAAAUGUGCAAUGAGUGUGUUCGGUGCCUUAA